AGGGAGAAUGGACGUUUGACAGCUGCUGCUUGCUCGUACAGAUUGUUUCCAACUAAAAGAAUACAUAUGUUUAGUUUGUUUGUUAAAGAUUUCGGAUAAUUAGUCAGAACCUCUGCUUUUAUGGCCGCUGCCGUAAGGAAUAAUGUGUGGGUCGCUCAGGGGCAGGACGCGCAGCUUCUCCAUAAAACCACCGCACCAUUGACAGCCGACGGUCUGAGAGGUGAAGAUCAUGGCCAAGUGCUUUGUAACGCGGGGGAUGCCGUCCCGGGAACUUCCUCCUUUCAUGAUUACAAUUUGGGUAAAUCUGAGAUGGACAGCUACCUGUCUCCACACCCACAGCACAUAGUCAGUUCCAAAAUGUUGUGCAGGGAUGGCGCUCUGAUGCUAGAGACGCCUUUUACCGAAAACUUAGCCUCCCCUUACAGCGUUAACAUGAGCCUGCUCCUUCCUGAUGUCACAUACCUGCAUCCUGGCUUCUGCAGGACUAUGAGACCGGUCAAAACAGAGCCGUCACACUCCCUGAUGCACCCUACCUGCCAGGGCAAUGCAGUGCCAUCAACUGUCCCAGAAUACCCAGGUGUUUUUAAUGCAGCGGACACAGCAGACGGUAACUUCUUCAUCAAACAGGAAGUUCCAGAUUUCCAGGAUGUUCCUCUGUUUCAGCUUUUGAACUCUGAUUUAGAGCAACUUGUUCAUGGAUCGCAGCUCAGCUCCAUCCCCAUGGCUCCAUUAAGUCUUCCAACUGGGAAUGUCCAUGUAGGCCCAGUGCGGAAUCCUGCUAAACCCACAAGUAGCCCUCAGAAUGAAUGUUUUCCAUUUAAUCAACAUAUAGGCCACCAGCAGAGACCAACCUAUUUGCCACCUUCUCCGCCAAACUCUGAUCCGCCAAGUCCAGACAGGGGGAAGGCGCUCCUUCACAAUCUGUCCCCACCUCCCUCCUACGAAGCCAGCAUCGCCUCAAAGUUAGCUUUUCAGACAUGUGAUCCCAUCGAUCCUAGACAGACUAACAGUGUAGCUCCAAUUCAAAGUCCUGACCAAAAUUCCAGUGAUGGAUUAGUCCAAAAUUCAUGUUCUGGACCAGGCCAACAUUCAAGCCAGACACCAGUUCAGACAGCACCAGGUGUUGGCCCACUGUCCCCAGUGCUGGCCCAGUCCGCUCCAAUCAAGUAUAAUCGAAGAAAUAAUCCUGAUCUGGAGAGAAGGCGAAUUCACCACUGUGAUGUCCCAGGAUGCAAGAAAGUAUACACCAAGUCUUCCCAUUUAAAAGCCCAUCUACGAACCCACACAGGAGAGAAGCCUUACCAGUGCUCCUGGGAGGGUUGUGACUGGCGCUUCGCUCGUUCGGAUGAGCUAACUCGCCAUUUCAGGAAACACACUGGGGUGAAGCCUUUCCAGUGUGGAGUGUGUAACCGCUGUUUCUCCCGCUCUGACCACCUGGCCUUACACAUGAAGAGACACCAGAGCUAGAGACAAAUCUCCUGCAAAUCAAGUCAGUCCUUUUAUUUUUUAGUAAACACGGACAAAGAACAUAUCAGCAAACUGACAAAUUUAAAACUGUGGGUGAUUCCACUCACUCCACAGUGGUGAUCCUCUUAGUGGUGUUUGUAAAAAGAUUCAGUGUUGCUGUUGCAUUAUUCUAUUUCCACCUGUGUGCCCCCGGUGUUGGGGGACAUUUUCCAAACUGCCAGUCAAAACUCAUUAGCUAAAUGCAGAUGAAAUAAUAUUGAAUGUUUCUAAGCCUUUAUUUUCAUUACAUGUUAUUUUACUAACAGUACAUGAAAAGGAAAACAUGAAGGCUUCAUUUUUCAAGGUUUUCAUUCAAUGUGUCCAUUAAUUUACUUCAUUCUCUUAAAUAGCAAACUGCCAUAUUGUGAAUGCAGAGUUAGAUCAGGUAUAACUGGAAGGUCAACGGCUUCAGUUUGUGUGAUAUAUAGCAGUUAGUUAAGGUUGCUGCACUUCAACAAGUUGUGGAUCUCCUAAAAGAUGCAGUAAGAACAUGUGAAGAGUAAAUGAAUAAUGGGAUGAGUACUGUCUACAUUGUGAAAUAUUCCUCACAUUGUGAAUGGUCUAUAUACAGUAGACUCCUUAUACCAUAGUACACGGUACCUGGGGACAUUACAGAAAGUGUUAAAUGGAUAUAAAUGGAUUUUAGGCAUGGAUAAAUUAAAACUGAACUCUUUUUUUUCUUCAGGAGCUUUAUGAGCAUUGGAUGGGUAAUUAAAUUUUAAUGUAAUUCCUGAAAAGGUUAAAAUUAUUUUGGAUGGACCUUUGUCCCAUGCUAACUAUAGAAACAGCAAUAUGUCAUUUACAGUAAAGAUAGUAUAAGAGAAGGCCAGUUAGUUUCUUUCUCCUGGAAGUUGUUAGACAAAUCAAAGUUCUUCAUGUUGACUUUGUCAUGUCCCAUUUUUGUUCUGCCCAUAACAGAAUUACAACAUCGUACCAAUGAUGAUUUGUCUUCCUAAGUGGUUUCAAAGUGCUGUCUCUGAGAUUUUUUUUUAGACUUCAACUGAGCACCUGCCAGUCUGAACAUCUGUGAAAGCUCUCAGUUGCUUUGACUCCUAUUCAUCUACCCAAACACCUUUUUGAAAGUGCCUUUAACAGCCUUUUUUUUUGUGAUGAAAGACAAAAAAAAAACAAAGCUGCCCAUUUGGGCCAAUGUUCUUUUAUCAGCUACUCUACUCUGCCAAAAUAAUUCUGUAUGUUGGCUCCCCCUCUUUAUUUCCACAAUACAGCAAUUUGUAUUUAUGACCAAAUUUAUUUAUAAUUUCAGUCUGGUUGAACAAAAUAGAUUUUUAAAGUUUAUAUAACUUGUUAAAAUGUAUAUAUUUUGCAUCUGCUGUUUAAGGAUAUAAUCCAUUGAGUGUCAUUAACUGUUAUGGGGUGUAUAAAGAUUUUAAGCCUUGUUUUAAAUUGCAGAGACCGUUUAUUUUUGUGUUUGGCAAAUUCUAAGAAGGAUCAAAUUACAGAAUGUUGUCACAGUCUACACUGGCAUCACUCUCUUCAGCCAAGAUAGCAGCUCAGUGGAGUACAUGCCAUGAAUUAUCGCAAUAUCUUUGAAAUAUAUAUACAAAAAUAAUACACAUGAUUGACACACAUGAAAAGUGUUACAGUAUUUUCUGUCAUAGCCUCUAAACAUGAAGAUGUAACCUAAAUUGAUUUUAAAAAAGCCACAUGACUCUCAUAAUGCAAAUAAAAGUUUUGUGUUGAAAAUGAUAAUUAUGUAUGAUUCCAACUUGAAUUUCUUCAUUUCAUUCCAGCAUCCA